AUGGUGUCAGCUGCUGACCAUGGUACUGGAGGUCUUACUCUUGGCCGCGGACCCGCUUACCCAUACGCCUGGUACCCCACUGAGCUACAGCUCCAAAUGAUGUCAACUGAGGCUAUGCAGGGACAACUCCGAGCUGUUCUCGAUGGUGGCGAAUGCACGAAUGGAGCCAACGACACGUGCAAAUCGGCCCUUCUGACCUCAUCCAAAGAUCUUCUUGCCAAGUAUACAAAUGUAACCAACGUCUCGGACGAGGAAAUCCCUGAUCUCAUCACUCAAAUCGGCAUUGCCGUUGGAACGCGCGAUCUUUGGAAUGUGAUGGUGGAGCUGGGCCACGUGAUCAGUCAGCGUGCAGCUGUUGGUUGGACAACAAUGGGUCACGUUGGCACAGACGUGAAUCUGUACUGCAAGGGACCGCCGACCUUCGAGCGCAUGUGCAAGGGUGUCCAUGAAAACACUUACGUCAACAAAAUAAUGGCGCUUUAUAUGGGGCUACUUCACCAGCAGGAGCUUGAGACGCUUAAACACCGUAACAUUUCAGUGCUUGAAAACCCGAUUGCAUUUUAA